UUCAACCAUAGACAAAUUAGUUAAAAUAUUAAAAAAAUAUUUUACCAAGAUGGUCGUAUUGUAGAAGUUCAUAAACGUGCAAAAAAAUUACAAAUAGCCGAGCAUUUAUAUAGCCUGACAAAUCGGCAAAAUGUACAACGGCAUCGGCUUGACAACACCGCGAGGCUCGGGAACCAACGGCUAUGUGCAAAGAAACUGGGCAUCAGUGCGUAAAACCAAAGAUUCCGUGAACUAUCGUACUGAGGAGGAGAUAGCCAAAUUGGACUCUGCUUCCAAUAAGCAGCCAAAUCAGGAGAUCCUCGACCAUGAGAGGAAGAGGAAGAUUGAAGUGAAGUGUGCGGAGCUUGAAGACAGCUUGGAGGAGCAGGGGUUGCCGCGGGAGGAGAUAGCGGCGCGGGUGGCCGCGUUCAGGGCGAAGAUAUCGGAGACCAGCGAGAAGGACGUGCCCAGGGACGAAUUCGGCAGGGUAGCCGUGCGCGAAACGCACGCAGUGGCGGAGGCGCAGCAGGCCAAGAACGCGCGGCUGCGCGACGCUUUCGGCAUCUCGCCGCGCUUCGUGGAGGGCUCCAGCCUGGACCCGGAGCGGCGCGCGCGCGAGCACGCACAACGCUACCCACUCGUGCGCACGCCCAGCCAUGAGCGCGAGGAGCGCCCGCAGCCGCCCAAGAAGAAAAAGAAACGAAGUACAUCGCCUGAAACAAAGAAAAUAAAGAAGAAAAAGUCGAAGAAAAACAAAAAAGAAAAGCAGGUUAUGUUGCCGCUAUCGAAGAGCGAGAGAAAAAUGUUAUGGGAUUUCAUACGUAGGCAAGACGGCAAGAGGAAGAAGAAGCGCUCCAAAUCCCCCGACACCGAAAGCUCCAGCGACAGCGACACCAGCGAGUCGCACGACACCUCCGACGACGACAAACGCAGGAAGAAGAAGAAAAAGUCGAGCUCAAGACGUCGCGGCAGCAGUCAGCCCUCUACAAGAGAAAGCUCGCCAGUGAAAAACAAGAAGGCUCCCAAAGAAAAGAAAUGGGAAGAUACAAACGACAGAGAAAAUGACAAUCACAGAAACAGAGAUCGCGAGGAUAGAAAUAGGAAAUAUGAGAAGAGAGACGAACCGCAAAAGAGGAGAAGUCAAUCCAGAAGGAGGGAUGAAAGCCCGGAGCGUCAGGCCUCGCCGCAGUACAGGCAUAAGUCUUAUGUCACUAAAAUAGACAAUCGCAGAGAACGGUCAAGAGAGGGCUCAGAGAAACGGGCACCCAAGCGCAAGCAGAGAGAUCGCUUAUCCUCCAACGAGUCCCAAGAACGAGUGGACAAACCAAAGAAACGUCGCGACCACAGCGGCUCACCGACUGAGAAACGUAGACGGAAAAGCGACUCCCCUGACAGACACAGAGAUGACAGAAAAGAUGACCAUUACAGAAAGGAAAAAGCACCCAACAGACGCAGAGAAAGCCCAGAAGUCAGAGAGAGACGGCAGCGGAGCGAAUCAUCUGAUUAUAGAAACAAAAGAAGAGAGGAACGCGAGGAGUCAUAUGGGAGAAAGGAUGAUAGAAAUGAUAAAAGAAGGAACAACCAUGAGCGUCCAGAAGAAGACCCGAGAAAGAAGAAUUACGAAGAACCGCGCAGAAAUAGAGAGAGUUACGAGGAGCCACGGAGAAACCGAGAGAGCUACGAGGGCAAAAAUCAACGCAGAAAGACAUCGCCCUCUCAAAAUAAACGGUCGCCAUCACCGGAGCGAGACCGUUCACCUAAAAACCGGAACAGAGAUAGGAAGGAGCCCGCAAAAUCUUACAAAAACUCGAGGCCGGAAAGGCAUGCCUCGUCUUCAGAAUCUGAGGACGAACAGAAAAAGUCAAACAAUACGAAAGAUAAAUCAAGAUAUUACAAAGACAGAAGCCCGUCGCCACAAAGGGAGCGUCGACGAAGUCCGAGCCCAGAUUACAGGAGGAAACGAUCGCCAUCCCCUAAGGCGGAUAAGUACAAGAGCGCAGUGAAACCUGUGGAACACAAGCGCGAGCGCAGUCGGUCAAGAAGGUCACCCUCUCCGAGCUCACGCCGGAGGUCACCGACCCCCAACUCACGCCGGAGGUCACCGACCCCCAACUCGCGCCGGAGGUCACCGACCCCGGAGCGGAGACGAUCACCCACCCCAGACCGCCGACGACGGCAGCCAUCGUGCUCCCCCGUCAGAGAUAGACGCAGAGAGUUCAGAAAGUCCGUCGAACGGAAAUCUCCCCCCAAGACUGUAAACAGAGAUAAAGAGAAGAAGGAGAACCAUGAGCGCUCCCGAGAACGCGAGCGGCGAGAACGCAAAUCUAGAUCGCGAAAUCGCAGCCGCAGCACAUCCAGCCUCAGCUACUCGCCGGCCAGAAGGAGCCCCGAACGCUACCGUGAUAUUAUAGACCAGUUACCGGAGAAAGACAAACGCAAAUACAUCAGAGUCCCGGACAAAAAGAAAACCUCAAACGUAAAGCCGACCGCUGUUUGCUUGAGAAGUUCUUCAAGCGAAAGCGGUGAUGGCGGCGACGGCGAUACGUUGCCGCCCGACGAACGUGCGAGACAGAACGAAUUAGACUUACAAGAAUUCCACGAUCUGAAACUGCGAUUAGCUCAAAAAGCCAAAGCCUCUAUGGAGCGGCGACGCGACGAAGAAGCGACCACUUCCCGCUCCGAGCCGCCAGUCGAAAUUAAACGUACUCCGACUCCUGAACAGAAGUCUCCUGAGAAGCCCAAAGAGGUUGUAAAGGAAGUAAAGGAGUCUGAACCUAAAAAGGACAAAAGCCCUUUGAAUAUAGAGAGUUCUCCAGAGGAACGUAGGAAAGAAGUUCGAAAGCGAAGUGGUUCUCGCAGGAGUUGGUCGAGAUCAUCCGGUUGGCGGUCGUCACGAUCGAGAUCGCGCGGCAAGUCGAGGUCUAAAUCUAGAUCACGCAAGUCCCGGUCGCGCGACAAGUCGAGAUCCAAGUCCCGGUCGCGCGGGAAAUCGAGGUCGAAGUCGCGAUCGCGUGAUAAGUCGCGGUCGCGUGGGAAGUCGUCGCGUUCACGAUCGAGGUCGCGGUCGCGCUCGAGGUCUUCGCGGUCCAGAUCCAGGUCCUACUCGUCAAGAGGUUCCCGUUCAUCUCGCUCCAGCUCGUACAGCAGCCGGAGCUCGUCUCGCUCCUCCCGCUCCACGUCGACUCGCUCUUCAAGAACAAUGACGGGCGUGUACGCCGAUUACCGUAGAUCGGCCCCUCGGUCACCGCGAUCACCGCGGUCACCACGGUCACCGCGGUCGCCUCGGUCACCGCGGUCGCCGGCGGGCCGCGCGGCGCGGGAGCGGUCGCCGUCCAUCCCGCGGCGCGCCGGGUCGCCGAGCUUCCUGGACCGGCGCCGCAUCACCAGCGCACGUAAGCGGCCGAUCCCGUACCACAGGCCGACGCCAUCUUCGCAGUCCAGUGGCAGCUUCAGCAGCUCUAGCGAGCGCAGUUGGUCGCGCUCGCCUAAGCCAGACCGAGACUAAGACGACCGACUUAGGUUUUUUUAUGAAAACAGAAUUUGUUUCUAAAGGUAGAAAUGACACCAUCUUGUGACAAAAUGCGUAAACUCCAAAGCUGUAGAAGUAGUUCAGAGUUGAGGUAUUUAUGAUUAUCAAAGAGUUAUUAAUAGUAGCAGAGGUAUUAAACAUCACAAAAAAAAUCUUAGCUCGAGUUUGGCAGAAUGAAUAUUAUGCGUUAACUAGGAGACACGAUUUUUUAAGAUCGUAUACAUCUUACAGUCAAUAACUCCUUGUAAUUAGGAUUACCUAAACGAGUAAAAUUAGGUUCUAUUUUGGGGCAAAGAAUCGAAACUUAAUUGAUUUUACAGUUUGAGUUUUAAAUAAUCUAUGUUAGAAUCAAACCCUGUAAAAAGUUUAUUAUCACCCUUACGGGCCAAAAUGGUGUGAAUAUGGGUUAGUACAAUAUUAGGUGUUUCAUUAUUCUCUGCAUUAUCAUAAUAUUUGUUCUCGAUAGUGACACGAAACACGCUUACCAGUUGUAGUUAAAAGAACAUCGAGGAAUUCUAGUCAUUUAAGUAUGGACAUAAUUUAAAAACACUGUUUUAAAAAUGAGACCCUUAUUUUUAAGUUAAUUAUUGAAUCUAGUCCAAAUGUAAUCAUUCCAGUCAUAUGGUACAACAUUUUACGUUUUUAAUGUUAUUAUUUUUUAUUUAUUUUUACACUUUUACUCAUUGUUGGUAAUAUUAUUUUAAAUUAUUUUUAGAAAUAAGCUCUAACAGUACCAAAAAUACUCUUUAAUAUUUAUAUUUUAAUUAGGUGCAAUAUAUUUAAUGAAAAAAUAUUAUUAUACAUAUUUACAAUUUCCCUACUUAGUUUAAGUUUACUAGUCAUGCACGGUAAUUUAUUUUAUACUAAAUAAUGCUCUGAAUUAAAUGCUGUUGUAUUUAAAAAUAUAACUAUAGCCACAGAAGUGGUUUCUUAUAUCUGUAGUAAUUAAGCAUAGCAAGAAUUUUUAAUGACUUGAAAUCAUGUGAAAAAGGUUGAAUAAUAAAGCAAUAAUUUGUAUUUGGGCGGAUAUUGAAAUGAUACUCAUAUUAUAACAAAAUACAAUGUAUUGUAUGAUAUACACGAUAUUAAAUAAAAUAUAAGUAUUUGAUCAUAACGAAUCUCAAUAAAUGCACCAUAAAUAAUGAGUUGGUAUUGCCAGCUACCGUAAUAUAAGUUGAAACAAUUUCUCAAAUAAGUGGGUAGACAAAUACAUAAAAAAAUAUAAUGGAUCCAAUUGCUGUUGUCAAAUAAAUACAUUCCAUUUA